AUGAAGAGUGUAAACAAUGUAACUGAAUUCAUUCUCCUGGGCCUCACACAGAAUCCAGAAAUGCAGAAAGUCAUAUUUGUGGUGUUUUUGCUCAUCUACUUGGCAACACUGGCAGGCAACCUUCUCAUUAUCAUCACCAUCACCACGAGCCAGACUCUGGGCUCCCCCAUGUACUAUUUUUUAUCCUACUUAUCUUUCAUAGAUGGCUGUUGUUCCUCUACCUUGGCUCCUAAAAUGAUAAUCGAUUCACUCUCUGUGAAGAAAACCAUCUCCUUUAAUGGAUGCAUGACUCAGCUGUUUGCAGAACAUUUCUUUGGUGGUGCUGAGAUCAUCCUGCUCACAGUUAUGGCCUAUGAUCGCUAUGUGGCAAUUUGCAAACCUCUGCAUUAUACCACGAUUAUGAGUGAGAGACUAUGUGGCCUUCUGGUGGGGGUAGCUUGGGCUGGGGGCUUUCUCCAUGCAACAAUACAGCUUCUUAUCACAGUCUGGCUCCCUUUCUGUGGCCCCAAUAUCAUAGAUCACUUCAUGUGUGACUUAUUCCCUUUGCUGAAUCUUGUCUGCAUGGAUACCCAUGCCCUGGGUCUAUUUGUUGCAGCAAAUAGUGGUUUUAUCUGCCUCUUAAACUUUCUCCUCUUGCUGGUUUCCUAUGUAGUCAUACUGACCUCCCUAAAAUCUCACAGUCUGGAGGGGAGACUCAAAGCUCUCUCUACCUGUGUCUCCCAUAUCACUGUGGUCCUCUUAUUCUUCAUUCCUUGCAUAUUUGUGUAUCUAAGACCUAUGGUCAUCUUCCCCAUUGAUAAGGCUAUGGCUGUUUUUUAUUCAAUGAUAACCCCCAUGUUAAACCCCUUAAUCUAUACUCUGAGGAAUUCAGAAGUAAAAAUUGCCAUGAGAAAUUUGUGGAGAAAAUUAAUGGCUGUUAAUGGUUAA